CGGCCGGAGCGUGUCCGGAGCGCGUCUGAGCCGUGUCCGAGCCGUGUCCGAGCCGUGUCCGGAGCGAUCCGGGGCGUGCCCGGUGCCGGUGCCCCCAUGCAGCGGGAGGUGGGCACGCUGCCGCUGGCCCCCUCCCUGCGCGCGCGCCUCGCCGCCGCCGGCUUCCAGACGGCGCAGGAGCUGCUGGACACCGGGCCCUGCGGCCUGAGCAAAGAAAUUGGAAUCUCCAGGGAAGAGGCGCUGGAAGCACUGCAGGUGGUGAGGCAGGAAUGUCACGGGGACACAGCAAGGACAGCUGGGGGAUCAGGUGCCACCAGGAAGUGCACAGCCCUGGAGCUCCUGGAAGAAGAGCAAACCCAGGGCUUCAUCAUCACCUUCUGUUCAGCACUGGACAACAUCCUGGGAGGUGGCGUGCAGCUGACAAAAAUCACUGAGAUCUGCGGAGCACCCGGAGUUGGCAAAACACAGUUGUGCAUGCAGCUGGCAGUGGAUGUCCAGAUCCCAGAGUGCUUUGGGGGCGUUGCUGGAGAAGCUGUGUUCAUUGACACCGAGGGCAGUUUUAUGGUGGACAGAGUGGUGGACAUUGCAGCUGCCUGUGUGCAGCACUGCCACCUCAUUGCUGAGGCUCAGCAAGAAGAGGAUCAUGGGAAAGCUUUGGAGACUUUCUCUCUGGAAAAUAUCCUCUCUCACAUCUAUUACUUCCGUUGUCGUGACUACACAGAGCUGCUGGCCCAGGUCUACCUCCUGCCAGAAUUCCUGUCAGAGCAUUCCAAGGUCCGGCUGGUGGUGAUUGAUGGAAUUGCCUUUCCCUUCCGCUGUGACUUUGAGGACCUGGCGCUGCGCACGCGGCUGCUGAACGGGCUGGCCCAGCAGCUCAUCAUCACAGCCAACGACCACAGGGCAGCUGUAGUUCUGACAAACCAAAUGACAACAAGGAUUGGACAAAGCCAGUCCACAUUGGUACCUGCUUUAGGAGAAAGCUGGGGACACGCUGCCACCGUCCGUUUAAUCUUCCACUGGGACAACACUCAGAGGUUGGCCACGUUGUACAAGUCACCGAGCCAGAAGGAGUCCACCAUAGCCUAUGACAUCACAGGUGAGGAUGACCAGAAUGAAAUCUGAUAUUCCAGAGGCCUCUCCAGUGCUUUGUUCCAUAGGUAUUUCCCCAUCUCUGCUUUAUGUGUGGUGUAACCCAGGCUGUGUUUAUCCUACACUGACCCUACACCCAGCCAAUAUCCAGAUUUUUCUCUUCUGUCCCUAUCAUAGAAGGAGCUUCCAGCUUAUGGCUGGAGUCUUUAUUCAUCCCCAGUUAAAUCCUGUGAUUAUUUCCCAUUGUGGAGUGCUUUGAUACAUAUUAAUGAGAAGAGAUGCUGUCUAAGCUGUAUUUAGAUUUAAAAAGACAGCACCACUCAAUUCUUACCUCCUCAAAUGUCACAUCCAUAGGUACAAUUCCAUAACUAUUUGCUACGUGUCCUCAUGGAAACACGUUGCCAUAGCAUUUUCUGCAGAUUUUAAUGCUGCCAUCAGAUGAGAUCCUCAAACUUUCAAACAGAAAUCAGGGGUUUUUCCCCACCCACUCCUGAAUGUAUUCACCAGGACAGAAGAAAUACUGCAAAUAUAUAUUUUUAUAAAGACUGGAAGGGGAAGUGGGACUGCAUCCCAAGGUUGUUUGGAUCAUGUGAUGUGAGUCCUUUUUUCUCCAGCUGACAAACAGAUGGAUUUUGUCUCAGACAGUUUAAUUGCCUUUUUCUUUCAUUUUUAUAAGCACCAUAAAACAGCUAUGCUCUCUUCUGUGUGAAUGCACACUAUCUUGAAAUAGAGUUGAGAGUGAAUCCUAAUCAAAGAUUAGUUAAUAUUUAAGAUUAUCCAUGUGGUUUUUUCCCUUAAUCCUGAUGAACUGCUUCAGCAGAUGAUUUCUUUUAGUAAAAAAUUGUAUUAUCUCCAUUUCUUUCAUGAAAUCCAGGUCUGAUAACAGUCUGCUGUUAUCAUUUCUCACUCCAUAGUUAAACUGAAAGAUGUCAAUACAUGUCCAGUGUUUCCAAAUCAGAUUUGUGCAUAACCAGCAAACAAAAAGAAAGAUAUUAAAAAAAUAAUGAUUCCUUAGAAUUGUGCAGAUGAGGUGCAUUGGUGCCAUUGGCAAAGUGGCUGCUCAGUACCCAUGAGCUGAUGAAAUGUGUAAAUUCAUGAGUGAGCUCUGGGCUUUUUUUAUCCUGUCCUUUCCAGCACACUGGAGUCAGUCACCACUCUGAGGGGGCUGUGGAACUCCUCUCCCAUGAAAUCCUUUCUUCCACAGGCUGAUAAGGAUUCAUUCUUAAAUGCAGAGUAUAGAAAUGGAAAUUGAUUUAUGCACAAGGGAGUAAGUAGCUGGGCUGAUUCACCUGAAUUUCCCAGGAAUGUGACCUGAUUAUUUCAUAGUGAAAGACAGAGACCCAGGAUCUAAAUUCCAGGUAGGAAUUGUUUCCCUGAGCUGUGGAGGGUCUGCCAGGCCAGCAAUGGCAGCAGUGCUCAGGUCAUAAACACAUCUACCCUUGCCAGUCUUGCUGUAGAGGGUGUAAAUCCAGAGGACAUUAAGGAACAAUUCAAAAUGAAAGACUGAGCUUUGUCCUUGGUUCCAGCAUCCUCACCAUCUGAAAGCUACUACCAAACCUCACAAAUAGACACAAAAUUCUUGUGUUUUCAAGGUGUCUGCCUGUAGCCAAGUGCAAAACAUCCAUCCUGGGCAGCCUGCUUUAUGUUCUGGCCCUUCUAACCCUUGGAAUGCUUUCACUGGGAGUCAGCAUUCUGGAUUAAGUGGAUACUUGGCUACAGAUCCACCUUUGUGCCUCAGGGAAAUGGCAGAGAUUAGAUGUAGUGAAACAUUAAACUUGAAGAUUCCCCAUUAUGCUCUUUAGAAUAACACUUGAGUUGCUUAUAAAUAGCAGAGGGGUUGCACAGAUCCUGCCCUUGUAGCAGCUCUUGCUGUUAGUUCCUUUAAAAAGCCCGGGUUGGGUGAGGUGAGGCAUUCAGAAAUAGAAAUAAAGGGAUGGGAGACUUUAACAAGACAUUUUGCUGGGGUUUGGGAUUGGUCUUGGUGUGGGACACACUGGCAUUUGGCAAGAGUCACCUCUGAUGGUAAUUCUGCCUGCAUUCCUCACCCUGCACCAACAUUCCUGAAAUGCUCUCAUCCCCACAUUGUCUCUACCUGAGCAUUUUGGAUCAGCAGAGCAGUUUUGUGUUCUGAUUAAUGCCUUUUCCUCUCUAAGGCUGCACUGAGAGUCUUCACUGAGCUGUCAGCAGUGCUCUCUGCACAGCAUUUGUCUGGAGAUGAGAAUUCAGAGAGUUGCAGGCUUCACACAACAUAUCAUCUCCAUCUGCAUCCAUGGCAUGUUUAGCUAACUGACUUUGAGAUCUUUCGUAUUUUAAAAUGGUUAAAAAUUAAAUUGUGAGCUACAGUAGCAGAAAAUACGAGUGGUACUAGGCUAGAUAGAUCACUUCAAGCACUCUCCUGAGUAGCAGCAUGUAGUUUUCACUUCUACAUUUAGUUUUUGGCAGUCAAAGGUUUUCAUCCCAUUGUGUCCCAUAAAUUACUAUGCUGGAACAGUCUUUGCAGUCUAGAGACAGA